AAUUCUUUUGAUAGUUAUGUAAACACGAGCUACGCAGGCGUUUUAAGACCGAUAGGCUGACCUUAAUGUCUUUCGCGAGGUCUCGGUCGCCGGCGGCCAGCAUUCCAACAGGUUGGUGCGGCUCCGCCAGGCGCUAUCGAUCGUAGGGCGGGUGCACGGAAAAUUUUCCACUUGCAGCGCUCGCUGGCUUCGGGGGUGAGUGCGCCGAGGGCAGGCGUUGGCCAAGCAAGGGGUGCUGGCUCAACAGCUGUGUGCGUCUGACGUCAGGCCCGGCCGGUUUGCUAUUGAUCAGCCUAUGUGGGUCAUGUGCCCGUCUACGCGGUCGCCUGCUGCUGGCUGUUAGUUGCCGGGAGCACCUCCGUUCCGGCUUACGGUAGCAAUUGCUGAUUCGCGAGAAUUUUCGCGUAAUUUGCGGUAGUGGAAGCAACUCGCCGCCUCCCCCUAAUGUUGUGAACACGAAAGAGGUCAGAUGGCGCACACGUGCAAGGCACCGCCUGCCUCGCCUUAACGUAGGUCAGGUUCGCUGCUCGCAGCGCCACGAUGCGCCGGCGUAGUAGUGAGUGUCGUAGUUCAGCUUUCGGUCGUGUACUGGAAUUACAGAUUUCAUAAAGGAGAGAAUUCCAACAGUGGCAGUGUAUCGAGGCUGUGGUUAAUAGCGCCAAUAAGCUAGCUUGCCUGUAAUGGCUUCGGCAUCGAGAUCAGAAGAGAGUGGCGGUAUGGUGGACUACUACCGGAUCUUGGAGGUCUCCAAAACAGCCUCCACAGCAGACAUAAAAAAAGCGUACCGGAAAUUGGCUUUGAAAUGGCAUCCGGACAAAAAUCCAAACAACAUGGAGGAAGCCACAAAGAGGUUUAAAGAAAUAUCAGAGGCGUAUGAAGUUUUAUCAGAUGAGAAGAAACGCCGUGUGUAUGAUCAGUAUGGUAAAGAAGGUCUUGGCCAAGGAGGAAGAUCCAGAGGCCGGCAUGAUGAUUUCUUUGAUCCAAAUUUUGCUUUUCCAUUUACAUUCCGAGAUCCCGAAGACGUCUUCAGAGAAUUCUUUGGCAGUUCACCGUUCCAAGAUGUUUUUGGAGGCAUGGACCAUGGGCCACGCAGAGGAAAUCGCAAUGGUGGCAACAACAGCAUAACUUCGAGCUUCUUCAGCCCAUUUGGACUGCAGCUGGGUGGCUUUCAGAUAGAUGAUUUCUUUGGAAUGGAUGGAAAUUCUGGUUUUACAUCAUUCACAUCACUCAGCAGUUCAAAUAUGGGUGGUGGCGCUGGCAGUGGAGCUGCUGUCAAAAGGACAUCUACCUCCACACGCUUCAUAAAUGGCAAGAAGAUAACAACUAAAAAGAUUGUAGAAAAUGGAAGAGAGACUGUCAUGGUGUAUGAAAAUGACACCCUAACUUCAAAGACUGUCAAUGGUGUUCCUCAGGCACUCACGCAGAGUUGAAGUGGUGGAACCUGAACUAAGUGAAAUGUGAUGGACUGAUAAAUUUACAAGUUAAAAUUAUUUGAUGGUGGUAUAAGACAGAUAGAACUAUUGAUGAGUUUAUGUGAAAUAAAUACUUAUCCAUCUACACAUCAAUUUCUGAAUAAACAAGAAGUGACUGACAUGAAACUUGCCAUUUUGGAGUUUCCAAACUCAACUUUUAAACAGACUCUUCAUGUUGUGGAUUCUUGAGGCAAAUGUGUGGCAUUGUAUUUCUGUUUACUGUUAUUUUCCCCAUUUGAUUCAUUUCUGUAGCGUAAAAGUAUAUGAUCUUCGUACUGUUUCUAACUCUAUUCAGUGGUAAGUUUCAUCAGUAGUAAAAAGAAUUGAUGACCGAUAAAAAUUUUUGUUCACUUGAGUCACAUUGUAGUUUUGCACAUGUGCUAUUAUGAACAAACUGUAUAAAUUAUUGUUGUAAUCUGUGGAUUCUCAAAUAAGUGGUAUCAUUAUUGUAACAUUAAAGAAGCCUUGAAACUGAUUCUUGUCUUUGUGAUUGUGAACUGGCACAGAAUAUGACAAGCACACAACAUUCUAAUACCACCAGAAGAAAGAAAGUAGCCGAGUAAAUUCUUCACAGGACAUGAACAGGUGGGCUGAACUAUAAUUAUUAAUAUGUACAGAAAAAAUGUUAGACAUUUUGGAUGUAAAAUGGCUUAUCUCAAGCUUGUUAAAGUUGUUGUUACUGUAUAAUAAUUUUGUGUGCUGUUAAAUAUCCUUGUCACUGUUGAUUGGCAUUAUAGUUAUUAUGUAAAGAACUUAUCAGUGUUUCAUAAAAUGUUAGAUGUACUACAUUUGUGUAAUGUGUGCAUACCACACUUCUCCUCCCACUGAUGCCAUUGCUUGAUAGUUUCUUGUAAAUGGCAUGAUAGCUGUUUUAAUAUUAUAAAAAUCUGCCAGCAUUCAUAUUAGCAUUGUAAAUAUCAUUUGUUGUCUGAGAAUGUAUUAAAAUAAUUGGGUUUUUCAUGUACAACAUUCCUCUGCAAUCUGUGCCAUUUUCUAAAUUUAGGAUCAACUGCUCAAUUUUUGAGUGACUUCCUGAGAGGACUACACUGCUCCUCUUCAUGUUUUGAGGCAAAUGUGAGCCAUAUUGAUUUACUGGAGACCACAAAUGACAGUACAUGAAGUAAGAAAGAAUGAAGUAAUAUUGUCAGUGAACAAAAGACUUCUUAAUUUAACUCAUUGAAGCUUCAAGAUAUUUUCAUCUAGCUUACUUAAACAUAAUUGUUGAAUUCUGCACUCUGUGAUUUAAUGAUUAUGAUCUUAGUUAUAAUGCAGUAUGAAUUGUGAGAGUGAUAGUUUGAGUUCAUUAACGUUAUUCAGUUAAGAGAGAAUGUUCCUGUUUUUUUGAUUGUUUACUAGAGGCAGUUCCUGAGAAACCAGGAAUAGUGUUUUGUAUUUUGUAAAAUGAAUUUUAAGUACUUAAGGUGAAACUUGGCCAGAGUGAAUGUCAUAUUUAAUGUAGAAACAUUACCCUACGCUUGGGUGGAUGGCGAUAUUUCUUUUUAAUUUUGUGCGUUGUAUUAUGUAAGAGUAAAAAUAAACAAUGUUUAGUAACAA